AUGGCGAUCUGUACUUAUAACGCACGUACGCUUGCAUCGGAAGCGGCCAUCGAAGAUCUGAUGAUGCAAGCCAAGAAGAUCAAGUACGACGUCAUCGGACUGACCGAGACGAGACGACGUCACCCUCUCAACGCCGUAUAUGAAACUGGAAAAGAAGUGUUCUUAGGAACAUGCGACAGUAGAGGUGUUGGUGGAGUUGGCGUCCUCGUCAACACGAGUAUGGCAAAGAACAUCGACUCUUUUGAACAACUUACGACCCGAAUCGGACGUCUGCGGAUGAGAAGAUGUGGCCCAAUACCAGCUUUGACUAUCUUCGUCGUUUACGCUCCAACAUCAAGCUACGAAGAAGAAGAAGUCGAAGCUUUCUAUAUGGACCUGGAGAAGUUCUACCAAGAAGAUCAUGCCUUCUACAAGGUCAUAGUUGGCAAUUUCAACGCUAAGGUUGGCCCAAGAAGAACGCCGGAGGAACUUCACAUCGGGACCCACGGCCUACAAUGGAAUGACCAGGGAGAGAGGCUCUCCGAGUUCAUCAUGACGACUAAGACCAUCCAUGGGAACUCGAAAUUUCAGAAGCCCUCUUCUUUACGCUGGACGUGGGAGUCACCCGGUGGAGGGUACCGUAAUGAAAUAGACCACAUCAUCGUCAAUAAAAGGUUCUGCCUGACGGACGUCGGUGUUGUACCAAAGUUCUAUACGGGAUCGGACCAUCGCCUCCUCCGAGGAAGAUUUUCCUUCACAAGGAGAGCAGAGAAAGCCGCCAAGUUCAGAGAGAGAAAUCCCAGAACUACCAUCAACUGGGAUCUCUUCGCUACGCUAGCCGGCUUUUGGGAAGAUUCUGCAAUGGACAACAUCGACGAGGAAUAUGACCGGCUUGUCGAACACCUUCACGACUGCGCGAAGAAGGCUGAGAGUUUUAAAACCACCAGGAGGCGCCUGUCUCUUGAAACUCUUGAGCUGAUACGCCAGCGUGGAGCAGUACGAGCCGCAGGGAACCAAGAACUCACGUCCGAGCUCGCAAGGCUUUGCCGAGAGGCGAUAAAGGGAGACCUUAAAGAGAGAAGAGCAGAAGUGCUGGCUGAAGCUGCAGAGGCGGGGAAAAGCAUCCGUUAUGCCCAUCGAGACUUCGCCAGUCGCAAGACGAGGAUGACUGCUCUCCGGAACCCAAAGGGAAGCCAUUGCAUCGAGAAAGGGGAUGGAGAAAAUCAUCUACGACUUCUACUCUGA